AAUGGCUACCUAAAUAAUUUUCAUUCGAAAAUGGAAGUAGAAACGAAGAGAACAGGCAAGAAGAAAGAAGAAGAAUCAAAAAUGGGAUUCAAUUCAAUAAACGAAGACAUAGUAGAGAAGAUUCUGACAAAAUUACCAGCCUUAGCAUUAGCUUCCGCAGCCUGCGUUUGCAAAUCAUGGCAUCUCUCUUCCAAUCGUAUCCUCUCUCGACCUAAGCUCGCCUCUGCCAUCUCUCUCAAUCCCUCUCUCGAUGUUGCUAUACAAGAAGUUGUUGAUAAGGUUCUAUCUGAGCCAAUUCGACCGCAUUUCGCAAUUGCUCAUGGAGUUGGCGAUAUAUUUCCCUUGCAAAAAACUUCCAUUACUUUAGCUGGAAAACUCGGUUCAAGGACUCCACUUAUUGUAACCUCUGCUAGUGGAAUUAUGGGAAGAGAUGCUGUUACCAAUAAGUUUAAAGAGGUGAUGGGAGGAGAUGACAACAGUGACGACGGUCAGGCUGCUGCUGAUGACAAAAAUGGACAUUCGAAUUUUAAUUCUGGUUUUCUUUUGACUGUGGGUUAUGUACCUGGAUUAAAAGUUGAUGUCGUCCCUUUGAGAUCAGUAAAGCAAGCAUUUGAAGGAGGAUUGAUGGUUGACCAGUUUGUGAAGGAAAUUAUUAGUUACACGGCUUCUGUUUCAAAUUGCACAUCGCCAGUUGGAAUUAUAAUGUUUGGAAGUGAAAAUAUUGACCUGAAACCUGUGAUUGAAAAGCUGGAUUAUGCCAUGUCAAAGGAAACUAUUAUUGUUGGUGAUCAGAAAACUAAACUUUUGUUCAGAAGUAAGAAGGAAUUAAGAAAUCCUUACGUAGACGGUGCUGCUCUUGUCUUGGCAAAGGAUAGAGAAAAGCCUCAUGGAAUAGGGGAAAUUCAAUUCCAUGCUGCAUUAUCAAAGGGAGUUUCUGCAGCAGGUCCAAGAUACAAGGCAGCUUCUGUCAGAGCGGUUGCUAGUGAUUGUACUACUUGGCUUACAGCCAGACGAGAAGGAGAACAGGAGAUUCUUGAUGGGCAAAGGAUUCUAGAUGGCAUCAAUGAUGAGUUGGUAAAUCGCGUAGGAUGCUUUGAUCUUUUCAUUGGAGUUACAGAACGCAGAAAAUGUUGCAUUUGGAAAGAGAAGCCGAGGUUGAUGUCAUCCUUGGCUUUUCAUGGAAUCACUGGAGGAGAUGAAGAGUACCUUUUUGUUCAGGGAACGGGCAUCAAAACUGCGGACUAUUUCCAAGUUUACCAUUCAGACCCUUCAGCGGCAUUAGCUUCAGUUAGGAAGGUCUCUACAGAGCUAGGAAAGUUGAGGUUGGACUGGAAUUCUAAAAAAAGCCUCGAUCCAUCUGAAACUUCUAUAGAUUGCAAGACAGAAUGCAUUGGGGGUUUUAUCUUCUCGUGUUGCGGUCGUGGUGAAUCAUUUUUUGAGUGUAGUAAUGUCGAUAGCUCCCCGUUUUUGGAGAAUUUUGCAGAGGUCCCAUUUGCGGGAAUAUUUUGUGGCGGGGAAAUUGGGCGUGGCUUCUCAGUAUCAAAUGCACAGGAAGAGCAAGAAGUAAGUAGUUGUCUGCAUGUAUAUAGCUCCGUAUAUCUGGUGCUCUCAUAUACCCCUGCCAAGAUUAGUGAGUGUUGAACUGGAUUAAUGUUUCUUUAUUGGGGGUUUGUAUUUGUUAUUAUGUUAAAUUUUGAACUCUUUUGUUUUAACUAACUGUGACUUCUUUUCGCAAGGCAAUUGUCCUUAAAGAAUUUAAUACAUAUUUGGCAACCC